AUGCUUGCUUGUAGAACAUUAUUUUUUUCUCUUUUUGUUGUUUUUACAUUGGGUGAAAAUGGAAUAAAUAAUAAUUGCCGAUCAAAGGACACUUGCGAUGUGUGUAUACGAGAACCGGAUUGUGUUUGGUGCAUCAAACCAAAAUCCGAAAUACAUUGCAUUCACAAAAAUCAAAUCGGAGAUAAUUUGUGUGAUAAAGAGCAUGUCGUAAAUCCGAGGAGAGAAAUAACGAUUUUGGAAGACAAACCGUUUUCAAACACGAAAAAUGGAGAAGCUGUUCAAAUUAGACCCCAAAAAAUCAAACUAAAAUUAAGGAAAGGAGAAGAGUUUUCUCUACCUUUUCAAUACGCCCAAGCCGAAAACUAUCCAGUGGAUUUAUAUUACAUAAUGGAUCUUUCAGCUUCAAUGGAGGAUCACAGAGAAAAGCUUGCUAAACUUGGAGAUAAGCUAGCCAAAACGAUGAUGAACAUUACCAACAAUUUCCGUUUAGGUUUUGGUAGUUUCGUUGAUAAAGUUGACUUACCUUUCGUGAGCACAGUACCACAAAAAUUAAAAACUCCCUGUAAGUUAAACAAAAACGGCAAAACGGUGAUUUGUGUUUCCCCAUACAGUUUCAAAAACCACAUUUCUCUGACCGAAGAUUAUCGAAAGUUUUCGGAACAAGUGUUUCAAGCCCGAGUUUCAGGUAAUUUAGAUUCCCCCGAAGGCGGAUUUGAUGCACUCAUGCAAGCAAUUGUAUGCAAAAACAGCAUCGGUUGGCGAACUCAAGCAAGACAUCUAAUUGUUUUCUCCACUGAUGCGGAGUUUCACAUUGCCGGAGAUGGAAAAUUAGCCGGAAUUGUGGAACCCAAUAACGCCCAAUGCUACAUGAAAGACAAUAGUUACACUCAUGACCUGGCGUUUGACUAUCCAUCGGUGUCGCAAAUAAAUCAUGUAGCUAAAGAAAAUAACAUAAAUAUAGUUUUUGCUAUUGUCAAUAAAAAACGAGUUGUAAACAUUUAUAAACAACUUUCCGAAUCUAUCGAAAAUUCCAAUAUUGGGGUUUUAGAUGAAAAGUCGGAAAACGUCAUUAAUUUGGUGUUGGACAAUUAUAAUAAAAUUGUUGAUUCCGUAACAAUAUCUUCAAACAGUUCAAGUGACAUUGAAGUAAAAAUAACCUCGACUUGUUCUCAUCCCAAAAUAAACGGGUGCACCAACAUCCACAUAGGCGAAAUUGUCAACUUCACUGCCAUAAUAAAACCAUUGCAAUGCACCAAAGGGUCAAACAAUCACAUAAUAACAAUUAAACCAGAAGCGCUAGAUGAGAGCAUUGUCAUAGACUUAGAAGUCCUCUGCGACUGUGAUUGCACUUCUCAAGCAUCAAAUUCGGAAAAUUGCUCGAAUUCUGGAGCCCUCCGUUGCGGUGUUUGCGACUGCAACCCAGGCUUCUUUGGAAAAACCUGCGAGUGUAGCAGGGAAACCUCGGAUUCUGCUGACAUCUCCCUCUGCAAAAUCAGCAAAAAUGACACGAGAAUUUGCUCAGGUUUGGGUUUUUGCAGAUGCGGUCAAUGCCAAUGCAACCAACGUAGCAAUCCUGACGAGAAAAUUUUCGGUAAAUACUGCGACUGCGAUAACUACAGUUGCAAAAGGGUGAAUGGGAGGCUGUGCUCGCAGAGGGGCUCCUGCGAAUGCGGGGGGAUUUGCAAGUGCAACGCUGGAUGGACCGGAGAUGCAUGUGAGUGUCCAGACAACGACAACAACUGCAUUAAACCGGAUAACAAUCUCGUUUGCAACGGCCAUGGACGUUGCAACUGUGGCAAAUGCGAGUGUUUUGACGAGGAAGUGAGAUAUUCGGGGAAAUAUUGCGACGAAUGUCCAACCUGUGAAGGCCAGAGAUGUGAAGAAUUGCGCUCUUGUGUUGAAUGUCUAACUUACAAGAGUGGAAUUUUCAACGAGGAAGAGUGUCGAAUCAACUGUACGUUUUUCCAGAGCGAAGCUGUUGACAAAUUGGAAAAUAGUCAAGAUAGUCAAGUCAAAACUUGUACUUUGGUUGAUGAUAAUGACUGUACUUUUGCUUUUCAAUAUGAGUACAUUACCGAAAAAACAUUGAAAGUAGUAGUUGAAAAAGAAAAAGUCUGUCGAGGACCACCUAACCUUUUAGCUUGGAUCUUGGGUGUUAUUGGAUCAGUUCUAAUGGCAGGAUUGAUUUUAUUAUUUAUUUGGAAGUUAUGCACCACCGUUCAUGACCGAAAAGAGUAUGCAAAGUUUGAAAACGAAAGAAAAAAAAUGCAGUGGCACAGAAACGACAAUCCUCUUUAUAAACAAGCUACAUCUACUUUUGCAAAUCCUCUUUAUACUGAAACGAAUAUACAUAACUGAAUGUACUUGUUCGAAAAAUUUUUAUGUUAAAAAAAAUUGUUAUGUAUACAGGGUGUUACAGCGAGUUGGAAAAGUCCAAUUGUAUAGGACAUUGAUAGAAACUAAUCUAGUGCAUCACCUAAAAUUAUUUUCAACCAUACAGCAUGUCUCAAAAAUAAGUUACGAUACAAACGCUAAACUUUUAUUAGUU